UUCGCGUGGACUUGGUGCGAACCGGGAACAUCCUACAACUGAGCGUGCCAAACUUUCGAGCAAAACAGACGAGCUCAUAAGAGGCGACACGGCUUGCUGUCUUACCUCCGACACACAAAUACCCUGUCUACUUUCAUUCUUCAUUUGGCCGUGUGCCUCCCUCUAUCUAAUCUCCAACACAGCCAUGUCUGACACCGCAGUAUUGGUAUUUCGCGUCCUCGCCGGUAUGGCGACAAUCUGCAUGGUCUCCAGUCCAUCGCUGCUCAUGUACCGCAUCCAUCAACAGAAACACGUCGGUGUCGCAUCUGUCACACCCCUUGCGGCACUUCUAGCAAAUUCCCACGUCUGGAUGAUGUACGGCUAUAUUGAGGGUAUGUGGUUCCCCGUCUUCGCGUGUUUCCUAUAUGGCGAGUGCUGCGCCGUCGUGUUCCUCUGUAUCUACACUUACUACUGCUCGGACAAACGCUACGUGGCUCGAACUUUCGCUGUCUUCCUCUCCGCUCUCAUUCUCAUCACAAUCUACGCCGUCGUCGGCGGUCAAGGCUACACUGGUCAGUCAAUUAGGAGCGUCGGCACGGUCGUAGGCAUCCUCGCGGACUUUGCAGGCAUGUGUCUCUACGGAGCGCCAAUGGAAAAAUUGUUCCAGGUGCUAAAGCACAAGACGGCUGUCUUUAUCAACGUGCACAUGGUCAUCGCUGGACUAGCGAACAGCUCAAUUUGGCUCGUAUACGGCGUCCUGAUCACUAAUUGGUUCAUUAUCUUCAUCAACGUUUUGUUCGUCUCGGCAAAUACGUUCACGCUGUGUUUGUACCGAGUCUACGACCCACGUACACAUCCGCUUCGCGAUGGGUGGGACACGCACAGCGUCGGCCAGGGCGAGAUCUCCGUCUGCAUCGAGCUUACACCUCGUGUGGACGCUAAGAAAUCGGUCACGAACCUGCCUAGCCCCGAGUACUCGUACAUGGCAUCUCCCAAGCAUGAGGGGAACCAGUCACAAAAACAUCUGUUCUGA